AUAACAUCAUAUUGAAGUUCCACGUGCGACGAAAUAUAGUACCUAAGAAAAGACUUAUUUAAACGUUACUAAACUUAAUAAAAGAAGAAAGUGACAUGACACGCAUGCUCGAAGUAUUUACGAAGCGCUUUUGUAUAGGGUUCUACUGCGUUCAGAAGGACUGCUACAAUUAUGGAGUGAGGAUGCAUCAGUUAACGUUGAGUUUCGUUACAAUGAUUUAUAAGGAGAAAAACAAAAAUGUUAAAAUAGAUCUAUAAUAACAAAUCUGGCUGAAAUUAUAUCAUGUGUUAUGGGUUAUUGACUGAAAGGAACAAUGAUUUAUUCAUUCAACGGAACAGAAGUUUAUUCGCAGAAUGGAACAGAGUUAUAUUUAAUGAAUGGAACAGAGUUAACAACACCACAAAGUUCUACUUCGAAUAAUUUUGGUAUUUAUGAAGUACCUGUAGCUGUCGUCGUAUUGUUAUCGAUAUGUUACGGCACUGUGUCAGUACUUACUGUGUUAGGAAAUUUGUGUGUUUUGUGGAUAAUCGCUACGAGUCGUAGAAUGCAGACGGUUAUCAACUUUUUCAUUGCGAAUUUAGCGUGCGCUGAUAUUAUAAUUGGUUUAUUUUCUAUACCGUUUCAUUUUCAAGCUGCUCUUUUACAACAUUGGGCAUUACCAUCAUUUAUGUGUGCUUUCUGCCCUUUCGUACAAGUUUUAUCAGUUAAUGUCAGUAUAUUUACGUUAACGGCAAUUGCAAUAGACCGUUAUAGAGCAAUUAUAAAACCUCUAAGGGCGCAUACAACAAAACUGAGAGCGAAAAUGACUAUUGUUGGUAUCUGGGCUUUUGCGGGUGCUGCUGGUAUUCCAAACUUAAUUGCUUAUCGAUUGGAUAAAAAACCUUUUGAUAGUACGAUAAAUUAUACUCAAUAUCAAUGCAUUAAUUCCGGAAUUUCGGAAAAUGCCUGGAAAUUUUACAGUUAUGUAUUGGUAUCUCUGCAAUACUUCAUACCACUUUGUGUAAUCAGUUACGCUUAUUGCAAAAUGGGAAUCAGAUUAAGAAAUAUGAGAACUCCCGGAAAUGCUGAAGAUAAUAGGGAUGCUACCGUUACUAGAAAUAAAAAGAAGCAUAAACAGAAAUUUGACAUGCAUUUGACUGAACCUAGAACAGUCCAAAAGAAAGAAGAAAACAAUACCGUGGAUGUGUGCUUGUAUGGCGAAUUUAGUUUAAAAUCUCAAUAUGGUGUAAAGAUUGAGAAAAGAAAAUUGGCUUG